AUACGGCUGCACCAGGAAACCAAAAUAGAAGAGGAGGAAAUCUUGUUUGUCCCUUAAGGGCUACUGUAGGCUGCUUUGGCUUGUCGCCAACAUUUUGAACAUUCGGCGCGAUUCUACAGGAGUUCUCAACGUUUGAGUUGACGAAAUCGUGAUUAAAAACAAAAUGGAAGGAUUCGCCACCCCCCAAAUGUCCAGAAUCAGGAGCUUUGGAAGCGGAGGAGGAACUCCCAUCCACAUCCCGGCCUCUCCUUUCAUGAAGAAGCUGGGCUGUGGGACAGGGGUCAGCGUCUACCUUAUGAACAGAGUGGGGAAAAUAAAUGCAUCUCCCUGGGCUAUCAAGAAGAUCAACAGUAGAUAUGCCGGCAAGCAGGCUGAAGUUUACCAAAAGCGUCUGAACGAGGAGGCAAAGGUCCUUAAAGGAAUCAAUCAUCCCAACAUCGUUGGGUUCCGCGCUUUAGCCACAGCCAAAGAUGGAUCAAAGUGUCUGGCCAUGGAGUUCGGAGGAGAGAAGUCCCUCAAUGACCACAUCGAGAAGAGGAAAGAAGAAAAAGGCUCGCUGGCGUUUCCCGUCGCUAACAUUGAAAAAGUGGCGCUUCACGUCGCCCGGGGUCUACAGUAUCUUCAUGAGAGGAGGCUGCUGCACGGAGACAUUAAGUCUUGCAACGUGGUCAUCAAGGGUGACUUUGAAGAGGUCAAGAUCUGCGACGUGGGCGUGUCCCUUCCACUGGACGAAAACAUGAGAGUGUCGGAUCCAGAGGCAGAGUACAUUGGAACAGAACCCUGGAACCCAAAGGAGGCCUUGGAGGAUGGCGACAUCACAGAUAAGGCCGACAUAUUUUCCUACGGCCUGACCCUGUGGGAGAUGAUGACCCUUGCCAUGCCCCAUAUGGACAACCUGGAGGAGGGUGAUCAUGAAGAGGAGGAUGAAGAGGACUCAAUGGAGGAGAGCUUUAAUGAGGAAGCCUACUAUGCCAGGCUGGGGACGAGGCCCGCCCUGGAUGCAGAGGCCUUAGGUGACUCUUACAGGACGAUGGUGGAGCUCUUCUACAUGUGUACAGAGGAAGACCCCAAGAAGAGACCCUCGGCCGCCCAGAUUGUGAAGGCGCUGGAGAGUAACGGCCCGCUAGACUAAACAGCCACUGAAGUUUAAUUGUCCAAAAGGAAUUUACUAAAUAUACGUAGACAUCAGUUUGCUUUUUUUAUGCGAUGCGAUCUGUCCUACUUUUUCUACAUUUGCAUCUGCCUCAAAGGAGAAGUGUCCCUAAUGUUUUGUUAGA